GGCGGUUUGAUGGGUCGGUCGGUGAAGCUGCUUCUUGGCUCCUGAGCUCCGAGAGAGAGAUAAGCCGGCUGCAGAGACUCUGGAGACAGCACAGUUGGAAAUAAAGAAGAGAAGACAAAGAAGAGAGGAUAAUUUAACACACGGGGAAGGCGACUGUAAGGGAGAGAUGGCUGAGGCACAGCAGCAGCAGCAGCAACAGCAGGAGGAAGGAGGGGAGAAGGAGAAGGAAGAGGAGCAGCAGCAGUCGAGCCCCGUGGAGAAGACUGAACCCGACGAAGGGGCUGAGGAACCGAAGGAGCUUGCCCAGACGACCCCGUCUCGACCUCUGCUCUCCACGAGGUCCAUGAGCAUCGUGGACCCAGAUGAUGACACGCCCAACAUGAUUGUUUACAGAAAGAUUGAAGACAUUAUCACUCGCAUCCAGGACGAGACGGACGGUGUACCCAUCAGAACUGUCAAAAGUUUCAUGACGAAAAUCCCCAGUGUCGUUACGGGUGCAGAUAUUGUACAGUGGCUGAUGAAGAAUCUGUCCAUUGAUGAUCCAGCUGAGGCGAUGCACAUUGGGAGUUUAAUUGCAGCUCAGGGGUACUUUUUCCCAAUCUCAGACCAUGUCCUCACCCUGAAAGACGAUGGAACUUUCUACCGCUUCCAGGCGCCAUAUUUCUGGCCGUCCAACUGCUGGGAGCCUGAGAACACAGACUAUGCUAUUUACCUGUGCAAGCGGACCAUGCAGAACAAGACGAGGCUGGAGCUGGCAGAUUAUGAGGCUGAGAACCUGGCCAGGCUGCAGAGAGCUUUUGCCAGGAAGUGGGAGUUUAUCUACAUGCAGGCUGAGGCCCAGGUCAAGAUUGACAGGAAAAAGGAUAAAAUUGAAAGGAAGAUCCUGGACAGCCAAGAGAGAGCUUUCUGGGAUGUCCACAGACCUGUGCCUGGAUGUGUUAACACCACAGAGAUGGACAUCAGGAAAUGUAGACGCAUGAAGAAUCCUCACAGAGUUAAGAAGUCGGUGUAUGGUGUGAUAGAGGAGGGAACACAGUCUCAGAGUCCCAUACACACUCCUUUACACCACUGCAGGAAAGGCACCAAGGAGGAUGUAGAAAAGGAGAUCGUAUUCCUGAAUACCCAGCUAGAUCGUCACUGCAUGAAGAUGUCCAAAGUUGCUGAAAGUCUGAUAGCCUACACUGAGCAGUACUUGGAGUAUGACCCAUUUGUGACAUCACCUGAACCAUCCAACCCCUGGACCAGCGAUGACCCCACUUUCUGGGAUUUGGAGGCUAGUAAGGAGCCCAGUCAGCAAAGGGUGAAGAAGUGGGGCUUCUCUCUGGAGGACGCGUUGAAAGAUCCAGCAGGGCAGGAGCUUUUCCUCAAGUUUCUAGAAUCAGAGUUUAGCUCAGAGAAUCUCAGGUUCUGGCUGGCUGUACAGGAGUUAAAGAGGAUACCUCAGCACGAAGUUGCACAGAGGGCACAGGACAUCUGGGCAGAGUUCCUGGCAGAGGGAGCACCCAGCUCUAUUAACCUGGACUCCCACAGUUACGAGCGCACCAGCCAAAACCUGAAAGACCCUGGACGAUACAGCUACGAAGAUGCACAGGACCACAUCUACAAGCUGAUGAAAAGUGACAGCUAUUCACGUUUCCUACGCUCCAACCUGUACCAGGACCUUCUGAUGGCGAGGAAGAAACCUGAAACGGAGCAGGGCCGACGCACCUCCCUGGAGAAGUUCACUCGCAGUGUGGUGAGUGUCCCGCUGCGUCUGCUAUGGGAGGUGGAUAAGGGCGCCAAACAAGCUUACACCACUGGAUUGGACUACUACCACAUGUGA